AUGAAUCGCAUUUUUGGCAAGGGGAAGCCCAAGGCUCCGCCGCCGAACCUUACGGACUGCAUCGGAACCGUGGAUGCCCGUUCAGAGUCUGUGGAUAAGAAAAUUGCCAGACUGGACGCUGAGCUGGUCAAGUACAAGGAGCAGCUGAAGAAGAUGCGAGACGGACCAUCAAAGAACAUGGUCAAACAGAAGGCCAUGAGGAUCCUGAAGCAGAAGAGGAUGUACGAAGGCCAGCGAGACAACCUCAUGCAGCAGUCGUUUAACAUGGAGCAAACCAACUACACCAUUCAAUCCCUCAAAGACACUAAAACCACGGUGGACGCCAUGAAGGUCGGCCUGAAAGACAUGAAGAAAGCGUACAAGCACGUCAAAAUCGAUCAAAUCGAGAACAUUCAAGAUCAGCUGGAGGACAUGAUGGAGGACGCCAACGAAAUCCAGGAGGUGCUGGGCCGCAGCUACGGCACGCCUGAGAUCGACGAGGACGACCUGGAGGCGGAGCUGAGCGCCCUCGGAGACGAGUUCCUGAUGGACGAAGACAACUCCUACUUGGACGAGGCGUCUUCAGCGCCGUCCAUUCCCGAAGGCCUGCCCGGCGCCAAGUCUACCAGGGAUGGCAUCUUGGUGGAUGAGUUUGGCCUUCCUCAAAUUCCCGCCACAUAAAGGCAGACAAAUUGUUUUACUUGUAUCAUACGCCUCCCCUCUAUUUAUCCGAGUGACACUCCCUGCCUCAGACUAACCAAAAAAGAUCCAAUAGCUUUAACCAUUUUUCUUCUUGAUGAUUGCGAUGUUCAUGACAUUUGGAACUCGAAUCGUGCAGAACACAAUAAAGUGUAUUUUUCAAACAA